GCGUGGGGCCGCGUGUCCUCCUACUCGCUCAAGAUUCAUUGAUUGACGUGUGUGAGGAUUACACGGCACCCGGGGAGAGGCUAGGGGCGCGCGGCCGCCGGGAGAGAGAGCGAGAGCGAGAGAAAGAGAGAGAGAGAGCGAGAGGUGCGCGGGAGGGAGGCGCGGGGCCUCACACGCCACCUCGCCGCCGCUCGGCCCGGCCGCCGCCACAGUCAGGCCGAGCCCGGCCCCGCCAGCACCGCCGCCGCCUCCACGCUCCCGCGCCGCGCCGCCGACGCCGCCCCUGUGUCCCCUCCGUCGCCGCCACCGCCGCCGCCGUCCUCACGUGCGUGGCGUUGAUGGGCCGCGCGCCCGCCCCCGCCCGUGCCCCCGGCCGUGCCCGCGGGUGAGGCGCUGCAUGUGCCGCGCGGCGCAGCGUGCUGUAUGCCCAUCAAGACGGGGCGACGCAAGCAGCCCGUCGCCCAGGGGCUGGGGGCCCCCGGGGACCAUGACGGCCUGCCUCCGCCCCCACACAUGAUGACCGGCCCCGUGGGGCCUCAGGUGCCCAUCUCCGGGGAGCCUACCCCCGGAGGUCCGGGCUCCAUGCCCCACGGGCCCCAGGGUGGCCCGGGCCCGGUGGGCCUCGGGUCUCACCCUGGGCACGGCCCUGUAGGGCCUGGGUCAUUCCUCCACGGCCCUGGCGGCCCCGGCCCGGGUGGCCCCGGUGGCCCCGUUCCUGGAGGAGUGGGCCCCGGAGGCCCCAAUAUGCCCGGGGGACCUGGCAUGCCUGGCCACGGCAUGCCAAACGGCCCCCAGGUGCCGGGAGGCCCCGGGCCGGGCAUGAUGCCCGGAGGCCCCGGCAUGCCCAUGCACGGCCCCGGGGGUCCGCCAGGACCCAUGAACCCCGCCUUCUUCAGGCGACACACCCCAUACUUCGGCCAGCCAGACUUCAGACUCUACGAGCUGAACAAAAGACUACAGCAGAGAUCUGAGCAGGACUCGGACAACUUGUGGUGGGACGCCUUUGCCACGGAGUUUUUCGAGGACGACGCGACCCUCACUCUCACCUUCUGCCUCGAGGACGGCCCCAAGAGAUACACCAUAGGACGGACUCUCAUACCCCGAUACUUCCGGAGCAUCUUCGAAGGCGGCGUGACGGAGCUGUACUACUCCCUCAAGCACCCCAAGGAGUCCUUCCACAAUACCUCCAUCACGCUGGAUUGCGACCAGUGCACGAUGGUCACCCACCACGGCAAGCCCAUGUACACUAAGGUGUGCACGGACGGGCGCCUCAUCCUGGAGUUCACCUUCGACGACCUAAUGAGGAUCAAGUCUUGGCACUUCGCGGUCCGGAACCAUCGCGAGCUGAUCCCUCGGUCAGUGGUGGCCAUGCACACCCAGCAGGACCCCGGCAUGGUGGAGACCCUCAGCAAGAACAUCACCAGGCAGGGCAUCACCAACCACACCCUCAACUACCUCAGGUUAUGUGUGAUCCUUGAGCCGAUGCAGGAGUUGAUGUCAAGGCACAAGGCUUACGCUCUCUCCCCACGCGACUGCCUCAAGACCACGCUGUUCCAGAAGUGGCAGCGGAUGGUGGCGCCUCCAGGUGCAGCUAACCAAGCAAAUGGUAGAAUUGGGGCAGAAGGAGAGACCCAGCGAGCGCCCAACAAGAGGAGGAAGAGAAAAGGGUCAACCUCCGGCCAGAACGCAACGCCCAACUCCACGGGCUCCAGCAAGAAGAGGUCGCCAGGGCCCAAUUUCAACCUAGCCACACAAGUUUCCGACGUGAUGGUGGUUGGCGAGCCGUCCCUGAUGGGCGGCGAGUUCGGUGACGAGGACGAGCGUCUCAUCACGCGGCUGGAGAACACCCAGUACGACACCACCAGCGUGGAGGACGGCGGCGGCAGCGGGGCGCCCCAGGGGGCAGGCCCCGGCGGCCCCGGACCCGGCCCCACCGGCCCCGCGCCAUUCAACAACUCCCCGAUGACUGGCGGCCCCGGGGGUCCCUGGCCCGACCCUGCACGGCCCCCCCAGGACGCCGACAAGAAGAGUCCCGCGAUCAGUCAGUAGCCCCGGGGGACCCGCGCCCCGCCCCGCCCCGCCCCAGCCUGCCCCGCCCCGACGCCCCACCCAGCGCCACGACACCCGCACCUGUGUUGUUACGUUACCUCGCCCGGCCUACACACACACACACACACACACACACACACACACACGCACACGCACACGAGAGGAGUGUGAGCGGCAGCAUUUCUAUAUCAUUAGUUUUGUGGUGAAUAAUAUUAUAUACGAGUAUAUUAAGAAUGUACAGGUGUGUUUGUGUGGGUGUGUGCUCGUCGCGCGCGUCUUCGUUAUGUGAGUCAGAGACAGACAGACAGACAGGUAGACAGACACAGACAGGCCGCGGCGGGGCUUGGGGGGCGGGGCGGGGCGGGGUGGGGGGGGGGUGAACCAUGUACAUGCUUUGUAACUUUUGUAUCAUUUAGACAAACAAAAAAAAGUUUUCCUAGGGACCAAGACUUUGGUCGUCUGUACACAGUGUUUUGUUGUGGAGGUGAGGACGCGGCCAACCCCAGACAGACAGACAGACAGACAGACUAAGAAGAGACAGGCAAACAGAUGAACGGGAAGGAGCAGAACGGGAGGAUGAGAGAGAGAGAGAGAGAGAGAGAAAAUGUGCGUGUUUCCAUGGGGGAAUAUUUAUAACCUUGAGCCGCUGUGUGUGUGUAUGUGCGUGUGUGUAUGUGUGUGUAUGUGUGUGUGAGAGAGAGAGAGAGAGAUAGAGAAUGUUAUGUUACUUGUAGUUAUUUUAAUAUUUAAGCCCAUCCCCCUCCUCGCCCACACACACACACACACACACACACACACACACACACACACCAUGGCGUACAAUAAUUAGAGGGUUUAUUGAACUUGUGUACAUUCUCUGUUACCUCUGAACUAUUUUCGAGUGUGUGUGUGUGUGUGUGUGUGUGUGUGUGUGUGUGUGUGUGUGUGUGUGUGUGUGUGUGUGUGUGUGUGUGUGUGUGUGUGUGUGUGUGUGUGUGUGUGUGUGUGUGUGUGUGUAUUUUCCUGACGUGUACAUGUGUGUGUGUGACUUUUUAUUCGCCCGUGACUGUCUUUUCCACGCGCACACACACAACAGAAGGAUGUAAAUAAGAAAGGAAAUCAGUUAUAUAGAUACACAAGUGACCACGUGUGUUUGUUGUCACGUAUAGUACAAGAGCAACACAAGACCUUGGUGAACACGCAGACAUAGCAAGGUGAAAACAGGUAGGCCACAAGAGAUGGAAAGUCACCUGUUAUAUAUAUUUUUCCUCCAUAUUUAACAUCAUUAUAAUUUUCUUUAGUAUUAUGUGAGUCCAACAGAUGUAAUAAUUUUUCGAUAAGUUCCGUCAUAUUCACAAUUUCGCAUUUCGUGUGUUCGUGGUGUAGAUACGAACACCAACUGUGAGUCCUCAACGUUGCCAGAUUGUCGUACUCAGAGCAUCGUUUUUACCGGUUUCUGACUCAUAACUAUUGCCAAGAAACACCAGUCGUUAUCCAUUUUAACGAUAACUCUAUAUAAAACCAGUUAAAGGGGUGGAGGAGACAGUUUGAGGGUUGGAAGUCGGCAAAUAUAAGAGCCUGAGCACGACCAUCUGGCAACAUUGAGCAGGCCCGAGCAAUGUGAUGAACGCGUUGAGCACUGUAGAGUCCCGAAUAAUGCCAGUACAAAAUAGCAGACUUCACGAGGUGGGUGGAUCAAGCAGCCUCAAACAGCACAUACUAAACACUGAACUGUCUUGUGAGAAUCAAAAUCCGCGGCCUUUGCUUUCGUGUAACUAGCGCGAAUAUAACACGAAUUGAAGUCGCGCAGAUUCAAAUAAUGUCAAUUCAGGGAGCGCGAAUUCCAAUAGCGCGGUCAUGUUCCAUAUUCGCGCGCAAAGUCUUAGUUCGCGCGUUAUCCAGGGCUCUACUGUACUGUAUGCGUGAGUUUGAAUCUUACAUAACAGACCCCCGGAAAUUACUGAGAAGGCGCCCCAGACCAGUUUAGGGGUUCCGGAGGUGAGCACUAUAAUGAGUUUCCUAUAAUUAUCAUUUUCAUUGUUAAUUAAGUUAGGUAAAUAUUGUCAUUAUUAUUAUUUUUGUAUGUUUUUUUUUGUGUGUGUUUGUGUGUUUUGAGGUACCGAGUUCGCUUUUUUUUUCUUCUUUUUCUUCUUUGCUCUCCUGGUUUCAAGUUCUGGUCUGAUUCCGGUUUCAAUUUCUCUCUCUCUCUCUCUCUCUCUCUCUCUCUCUCUCCUGCGGUGGUGAAUGUUUUGUACAGGCCAUUUUUAUCAUUUAUUCAGAUUUUAGUAAUUCAUAUUUGUAUAAUUAUAUAUUUAGACGAAGUGAAAUUCCUGACCGUCCUCGAACAAUUCAAUCUUUUAUUCAGCCAGUAAUGUAAAAAGAACUCAAGGGCAGGAUAUUGUAUAAUUAUUCUUUUGUUGUUCCUGUUUUAUCGAAUUUAACGCAGUGUCGCGUCCCUGUUGCGAAGGGUCCCCACACUACACUUUUUUUAAACCUCUGACAUGUCCACUUACUUCUCUUUUAGCAUCGUUCGUAGGUUUUUGAUACGUGUGAAAAGUAUUAUUAAUUUACGCUAUUUAAGGUUACUAUGUAUAUUUUCCCGCCGGUUUUAUGAUCAUCUUUUUUUGUAUGUUCCUGUGGUGACUUUCGACUACUGGUAUGAACGAACACAUUAUCAGAUUGAACGAUAUCUGCAGGCGCUUAGGACACAUUAAUUCCUAACAGGUUUAAUGGUAAUGAUUUUCUAUGGUCCUUUGCGCCCAUUUUGUUACCCCGUUGUAGCGACUGACAAAAAACGAUCCACUCAAGAUGGCAAUACUUUCGUCCCUUCAUCCAAUUAGGCAAUAUUAGAACACGUUUUCUCCAUGUAUUCUCCCCCAAAAGGAGGAAAAUGUCAUCAAAUAUACAUCUUUCCUUAGUACAACACAUAAAUGAUUGGAAAUGAGACACUUGAAUGACGAAGCCGCCCAGUAAAAUUUAAUGAUGUCACGAUAAAGGAGUCGGAGAUAAUGAAGGGAAAGUGUUGCCAUCUGGUGAUCAUUGUUCAGGACAGUUGCAGAAACGGACUAAAGAGCAUGGACGAAAAAAGAAAGCUAUCAGACUGAGCGAUAUAUAUAGACACUUUAAACACACACACACACACACACACACAUUUAUACAGACCGUCAGUACACGCAUUAUUUUUGAGAAAGUAAGAGAAGAGGGGAAAAAAUCAUUUGAGUGUUGUUAAUGUGAACGAAAAAAUGCGAGAUUGAGCGACAUUCACAGACACAACGCAUUUACAGACAACCUAAUGAUAAACUAGAGAAGAAGAAGAGGGUGAAGAAGCCAUUGUACUGAAGAAAAGUGAGAGUAAAGAAGAAAAAUAAAUAAAAGCAAAUAUCAAAGCAGUUUAUAGUAUCGAAACAAAAAAAAAAGUAAAAUAGUCAACAAGAAAAAGUAAAUACCGACGCAGUUUAUAUUAUCUAAGCAAAGUAUAUAUAAUUGCUAUUUUGAAUUCGACCUCACCCGCAACGUAUUAAACCUGAAUAGAGGGUCAGAUGUUUUGUACUAACGUGAAAAUUAUUCCUAAAAGACAUAAAAGGCGAAUAGUAAAGCAACAUAUAUUAUCAAACAACUAAAUAUUUAUAAUGGUUAGUUUUUUGAAGGAUGUCCACCCUCAACUUCUCUCUGAUUGGCAAAAUUAACCCCAAAUUACACACACACACACACACACACACACACACACACACACACACACACACACACACACACACACACAAGGGCCACCACCAUCACCUCCCUUUCCCUCUCUUCCCCUUCUCCUCCCAUUCCCCAGCCCCCCUCCCCCCCGUGGCUCUGACCUCCCCCCUUUCUCUAUACGCUGUAAAGUGUACAAAUCUCUGUUUGUAUGUGAUUAAGUCGGCAUGGUUACCCCCCACCCCCUCCC